AUGCAAAUAGUAUUGAUUACAGUGUGUACGGCAACAUUACACGCAGCCAGUGCUGUAAAUGAUGACAGCGGUGGUACAGCCACUGUACUAGACCUAUUCGAUUCAUCAAAUGGAGGCCAAGACUUGACAUUAUCACCACAAACGUUCACCUCCACUACAGAGGCCUUCAUCAGUGACAACAGUGACAGUCUUGGAGUACCUCCUGAAACAGAUACAGCCAGGAAAACUGUUAACAUCACAACGAAUGAGGUAACAAAAUUAACAGUGAAGCGUGCUCGUCCAAAAGCUGCAUCACCAAAUCGACAAGGACCACAACAGUGUCAAGUCUGCUCGAAAGUAUUUGGCAAUGCAUCAGCAUUAGCAAAACAUAAAUUAACGCAUAGUGAUGAACGAAAAUAUGUGUGCUCAAUGUGCGGCAAAGCAUUCAAAAGACAAGAUCAUUUAAAUGGUCAUAUGCUAACACAUCGAAAUAAAAAACCCUACGAAUGUAAGGCAGAAGGUUGUGGAAAAUCAUACUGUGACGCUCGAUCCUUGCGUAGACACACAGAAAACCAUCAUAGUUCAUUGUCUUCAGCGCCGACGGGAGCAGCUGCACUUAUUAGCGGCAAUGCUUCUGUCAGUACAUCAACAUUAUCACCAGCUCAAGGAGCUGCAUCAGGAGAUGCAGCUUCGCCGCAUGGUGCAGCUUCAUCUACUUGUAUACAAUAUGCGCCACCACCAAAUGGUAAUGGUGCAAAUAAUGGAGGCGGUGAUGCAAAAAAUACCGAUGGAAAGGGAAAUAAAAAUAAUUCUGCUGGAAACCAUCAUACUGCUGGCGGUAAUGGUGCUUCCACCACGACCAGUAUGAAAUCUGGAAAAAGUCAACUACAACAAUUAUUAGCUAGUGAACCUACUAACAAGAAUGGAAGUAAUACACCCAAUAAUGACGGCUUAACAAAACAACAAUUGGAUUUAAUACAUCAAAUAAUGGAACAAACACAAAGACAAUCUCAACAAAUCACAGCGGCAGCGAAUGCAAAAUCAACGAAUGCAAAAAGUUCGAAUCAUUCAAAGCAAAAAGUAUCCAGAACAUGGAGUUCACCGGCACAAAGCAAUGUAUUUAAAUCCAAUGCGUCAAAUUCAACAACUACAACGACUGGUGGCAAUCAAGUGAUUACAACAAGUAAUGGAACAGGAGGAACAAAUAAUACGACAGGCAAUCAUGUUAACAAUAAUAAUAAUUUGAACACAAGUAAUAAUUCAACACAACCUAUGCAAAUUAUACCAAAACCAGUGGAGUGUAAUUUAUGUCAUCGAAAGUUUAAAAAUAUUCCGGCUUUAAAUGGUCACAUGAGAUUACAUGGUGGUUACUUUAAAAAGGACGCAGAAAAUAAAAAAUGUGAAAAGAAAGAAUCAGUAGGCCCACCAUUACAAACAGCUAGUGUAAGCGUUCGGGCAUUAAUUGAAGAGAAAAUCAUUAACAAGCGUAGCAUAAAUCCUCAAAAUGUAAUUUCAAACAAUACAUCAACAGUUGCAACUUGUAAUGCCUCCACUACUACGACAAACAGUUCGGCAGCAGAUUCAAUAAUUCGUACAUCAACCACUACAGCAAGAGCUGCAGUAACAAGUACAAAUGCACCGCCAUUAUUCCCACUCACUAAUAAUACGAAUUCGAAUGAACUAAAAGUAACAUCAUUUGUUAUACCAGCACCUCCACAAAAUACUUCAUCAACGCUGCCAAUUGAUAAGAAUCGGCGGCAUAGUGAUACAGAAAAAUUCACGGUACCACGUGCCCCGUCUGUAAACAAUACAGCGCAACAUGAAGCCGAGGCGUUAGCGGAUCUAAUACUGAAACGUAGUGCGAAAGUUGUAAAGCGUACUGUCUCUGAUCCAGGACAGCUACCACAAUCCACAACUCAACAACAACAAUUGCAAUUGCAAUUUGAGCAGGCAAAUGAAGCAUUCUCACUAGCGGGAGUAACAUUUCAGCAUGAUGAGUCAACAAGUGAAUAUUUUUCGUCGUCGCUGCAAGAAGAUGUGUUCCACCAAGUGCAAGAAACUAUGUUAUUGCAAGGUGUAGAUGCAGCUCAAUUAGCUGAAAGUAUUCAGUUACAAGCCUCAUCAUUACUACAAGGACAAUCAACAGAAGAACAUUUACAAGACAUUGCCUCGUUAGAGGAAUAUGCAAAUGUUACGGCAAGCUUACAGCGAGACACAUCAAGUACACCAAAUCAUACGGUAGUAAAUCAAGAAUUGCAAGCUGUAUUAGAUUCACCAUUACCUGAAAGUUUAGCUGAAUUUAGUACGUAUCAUUCCACUGGAAUUAACUCACCAAAAGAUGUUCUCUCAAAUUAUACAUCAACGCCAUCACCAAUGCCCUCAUAUUCAACGUCACCUCACUUGUCAUUGGCUACUCAAAGUCCUCUACAAUCACCAUUAAUACGUCAUCAAGAUUCCCCUGGUUUUGCAUAUCCUACACCACCAGCAAGCCAUGAAGGACAAUCUCCAGGAUUCUCCAAUACACAUUUAUUACCGUUAUUAUCUCCACAAACAAAUGAAAGCUUUUCUACUCAGCAGCAUCGUGAAUUAGAUGAACCUCCACAAGCCUCGAGUCCAUUAUCUGCCGCGUUUUAUACUUCAACCAUGUCAAGCGCCGCAGCAGUAGAAGAAGCAUUGGAAGAAGUUUUACCUGGAGAAAACAUUGUACCCGAUGAUGUAUAUACAACGUUAACAAACUCACCGCCUCCCACGCAAGAUGAUUCACCAAGUGAACCGUCUCAAAAUUUAACAGGAAAUCAUCGAAAUACGAUACAAACUUCAAGUGUACCAGUGGUUUCUUCGCCACAAAUUAUUUAUCCAAUGUCACCACAUUAUACUUUACAAUCACAAAUGAUGCCAAAUUCUGAUGAUCCGUUAUUGUCAAGUAGUCCAAAAGAUUUUUCAUCGAGGAAAAAAUUUGAAUUUGGUAGUUUUCAAUCAUUUAAAAUUGUUUCUGGUAAUAGUAUUGUGGAUUUAACUAAUCCAGCACUAACGGGUAUCUUAGUUGAUAGUAACGGUGAAUUGAAAUUCAUACAAACUUCAAGUCCAUUUACAACCAAAAAUAUUGUGGUCACAUCAACGGGAAAUUUAAAUGCAGUGACAUCUCAAGCCCAAGGGCCAACAACAGUACAAAUAAUUCAGCAACCAAGCAGUACAACACAGCCGGCACAAAUUAUUGCUACAACGAAUCGAAAAAUUGAAGAUAAUAAAAUUGUAAUUGGACAACAAAGUAGUUUUAUACAACAACAGCAACAAUUGCAACAACAGCAGCAACAAUUACAACAACAGCAACAACAAUUACAACAGCAACAAUUGCAGCAGCAGCAACAAAAUAUACAAACUAAAUUGGCUAAACUCUGUAAAACAGCCCAAUAUAUAACACCCAGUAAAAUAAAUAUAGCAUCCAGGCCAAAAUUACAUAUUGCGGUAGAUAAUUUAAAACAAGAAGAGCCCGAUGAUGUGUUUUUGAGUCCUACUACGAUACCUGCAAGUCCAAUUCGUGCGUCAAGAAAACGACCACGUUCAGAACCGCCCUUAGUAGUACCCAUAGUUCAUCAAUCACGUUUGCGAGCAUCGCGAGGUCGACCUCCAGGUGCAGCCCCAUACACACCUGCACCAAUGUUAAAUCCAUCACGCGUGGGACCUGGUUUAUAUGCUCAUGCCAAAUUAAAAGCAAAUCUUAAUCAAUCUAAUAAUCGACUUAAUAUAAGCUUAAAUCAUAUAUUAAAUCGGAACAAUUCAAAGUCAAAUAGUAUCGCUUGCGAUAAAUUGUUAUCGAGCCAGUUAUUUAGUGAUACAAUACCAGAGAGUGAUUCAACGCCGCACAUAAACGUAGGCCCACAAUAUCAAUGUACAAUUCCCCCACAAAUCAAAAUGACUGGGAAAGACAAUCGUGAACCCAAUUAUGAGCAUUUGCUAUGGGAUCCUGGUAUUAAUUCUAUAUGCACUGAGACUGAGCUAAAUAUGUACCUUGAAUUAGCUUGCUGUGCUGCUGUUCCUGGCGGUGGUCGGAAUAAGGAAUAUGCUUUACAUUUGUUGUAUUUAUGUGGAGGAAACAUACAAGAAGCGAUGUUACGGCUAAUGCAUCCAUCCCCAGCUCUACCUAAAGACCAUAGUUUAUUGUCGUAUCAAUAUUGUGAAGGAGAUUGUUGGAGCCAAACAGAAACCGAGGCAUUCCAUAGAGCACUAUUAAAGCAUAACAAAGAUUUUUACCAAGUGGCUAAAGAGGUCCAAACGAAAACCACAAAACAAUGUGUACAGUUCUAUUACCUUUGGAAAAAAAUAUGUUCUGAUGAAUAUAAACGAAUACGCUUGAAUAAUGGUCGGAGUCAUCGUGAUACACCGCCCAUAAAUAGUAAUGAUAGUAGUAAUGGAUUGAUGGAUUGUGAUACUUCACCGAGUCAAACGCAACCUGAGCUACAUAGAACUUUUACUUGUGAAUAUGCUGAUUGUACUGCUAGUUUUAAUUCAAGAGCAGCAUUAAAUGGUCAUAUUCGUAUACAUGGAGGCACAGUACGUAGAUCGCCAACUCCAAACCCCAAUAACUACAAUCAAUCGUCACUACUCUUACAACAGCAACACCAGCAAUUAAAUUCCCUAACAUCGAAUUUAUUAAUCGAUAAACGGACUCAAUUACAAAUCUCAUCAUCACAAGCUGCAGUUACGUCAUCUACAUCAAAUUGUUUAGUAAAUUCAAAUGAUGUCACCACAUCACGUAUGUUACAACAACAACAGCAACACGAUCAUCAUCAACACUCUGAGGAAUUUCCUUGUAAAGUGUGUGGGAAAGUAUUUUCAAAAAUAAAAAGUCGAAGUGCUCAUAUGAAAUCACAUCGACCACCAGAUGCUGAACCACGCCGCCAAUCAAAAAAUCAACAAUCAUCAUCGUCCACAAAUAACAAUAAUAAUCAUACAGAAAUUAUUUCAUCGUCAUCCUCGUCAUGUUCCUCAUCUUCGUCAAAUAUGUCCACGACAUCUACAAUAUCAUCAGCAUACGACGCUUUUUCACCAAUGACGCCUACCAAUGUGACCGUUAAUUCACCUCUUGUUACCUCAUCGCAAUAG